AUGGGAAACAAAAGAAAAAAGGAAGAGUGUAAAAAUGAUAAAAUUCUAAAGAAGAUAAGGAAACUUGAGAAGAAAUUAUCACAAAAGAAGCGUGUUUUACGUCUACCGUCUAGUUCGAGUGACGAAGAUUGCAGUGUCACCCCAAACCGUACCGGCAAUGAAAUAAAUAACGAGAUGCAAGACAUCACCAUUGAUGACGGCAUUAUGGGCCAGCCUGACCUCCUGCUUUCACCAAGCAUGACGGCAGCAGUGCCCAUGGUAACUGAAAUUACCUCCGAACCAGGGCCGUCGUCUGUGCCUCACACUAUGGAGGUCGAGUUAGAUGAGUCAAUUUUAAGUUUGUUGGGGGAUGCUCCGCAGAGUGCAAUUCAAUUAGGGCCACCAGUAUACAAAGAUAUCGCAUCUCGAUGGCAAGACAUUUUACUAAGAGGGCUUAAAGAAGAUACAAAGUUGAAACUUUUAAGUGAUUAUGUAAUACCUAACAAUCUUGACAGACUUAUAUCACCCAUCUUAAAUGCUGAGCUAAAAGCUGCAUUACCUGAUACAUUAGUUAAACGUGAUUUUUCCUUACAACAACGACAAAAACAAAUAGCAAUAACUUUGUCUGCACUUAGUUCAUCUAUGGAUAUAUUAUUGACAAAUAAAACUCAAGAUACACCCCAAAUUAUAUUAAAGUCCUUAAGCGAUGCAUGUAGACUUCUUUGUGAUAGUUUUUAUAAUGAAACUCGUUUAAGAAGACUUUUUAUUAUUAAUGCGAUAAACAUUCAGAUUAGAAACGCAAUUAUAGUCACUAUACUUGAUAAAUAUCUAUUUGGAGAAAAUAUUAGUGACAAAUUAAAAGCGGCUCAAAAUAUUAAGAAAUCGAGCGCUAUUUUAAAACCAAGCCGUAGACCCCCGUUUAAUAAGAAUAAUUUUAUUAGGAAUCCACCAUUUGCCAAUUCCAACAGGAAUUUAAACCAAAAAGGCCCAUCUCGGAGGAUUGCUGUUCGAUCCGACAUGGGCAGGCCGCGGCCACAGCCUCGAACAGUCCCAACCACGGCAACGACCAUCUACCGCAGACGCAACGAGCAUCACAGCCCUCCACCAAUGCGUUCUCGUUAUGCGCCUCGCAGUCAACAUCGUCGCUGA